AUGCCCACUACCGCCAACUCCUCUGCAUCCACUCCCCCUGGCCCGAGUGUGCCAGCUGCGGCCCCAACGCUCGAGGAGAACCCCUCCACGCCGACACACACGUCUGUGAAUCACAUCUUCGAGGAGCUAUGUGGUUCGUACGUGGAGAAAUACAUGCUACAUCGCAACCAAAUCGUACACCAAAUCGCGCUGCAGGCGCGCAACUCCAUCAACGUCCAGAGCAUGAGCGUCGUCAAGGGCCAAGCGGCAGUGACUGCGGCCGUUUCACCCUCCCUGGUGGUUCCACCCGAGCUGGCGCGAGAGUAUGCCCGCAUGAAGGAAGAGGCACUCGCUCAUUCUCAUCGCCACAACGCACCAGCGGAGCCCUCGGCGCGGGGCACAGAGGAAUUGGAGGCCGAGAACGCAUACUUGCGCGCCCUUGUUCUUCGCCUUGAGGGGCAACUUCAGCCUCCUACUUCAUGUGAGGCUCAAUCGGACGAGAUCGUAUCUUCUCUACCCUCUUCCUGCCCCGCUCCGGGGCACGAUGGCGUGCCUGCCACCAAUCACCUGCGAAGCCCGUCUGCAGCGCCCCCCGAUCAACUCGCCAAAGGGUCAGCGGCCCUAUAUAACUCGUUGCUCUCUCGAAGCGGCUCAGCGGCGUCGCCUCCGCCAGUCACGUCGCACCAAGUGAGCGAUUUGCAGGAACAGAUUGACCUCCUGCGCGAGGCGGUGCAAGAGCUUAGUCAGCGAGCCUCCGUUAGAGGCGGGCACUCUUCCAGUCCUGUGCCCGCUGACGCUGCUGAGGCGUCGCUGCGACUGCGUGCCAUUUCCCCUUUCCCUCGCUGCGCUACACCCACCUGCACGACGGAUGUGCGGACACUGCAGCGCAUUAUCUUGCAUCAGCAGCAGACUAUCCGCACGCUGGAGCAGGAGAUGGAGGAUGUGCACACGGCCAAGACACAGAUGGAGCGAGCGAUGACGCAGCUGCGCGAGGCCACGGCCAGCAUUGCUGCGCGCGAGAAGGGCGGCACCGAGGACGAGGACGUGGGCGUGCUUGGCGCCACAGCACAUUGGCGCUCCACAUGCCAAACGGAGGAUCGCUUCUCUGACUGCAUUCCAGUUGCCGAGUCAACCGUGUACGGCUAUGCAGGGCAGGAUGCAGUGGAUUCUGUCUGCCACGACACCGCAUCCGUGGCGGCCGAUGGGAGCACGGCAGCGCAGGAGAUGCACAUGAUGGAUGUCGAAGCUGCUGCAGAGCAGGUUCCAGAGAAGCGGCGGGCUGCCACGUUUGGCGGAAUGCGCCCGCCGCUGUGGUUCGACUCCACUACAUCAGUAGCAGAUCCUACUCGACAGCCCGAUGUGGUGGCAGGGGAGGACGAGUGCGAGGAUGAGUCGUCCAGCGGCACACUGACUCCGAUGCCACGCCGCACAGUUGUGCUGCACCAGCGUUUCUCCUCGGCCAUUGGUGACAGCUUCUCUGUGUGUGGCAGAAUCAGCGCCGACGAGAGCCCGUUCGCCCGGCACACGCAGAUGAGCUGCGGCACGGCGUCGAAUCGGCGCACCUCCGCGGCUGGCUCUUUCACUGCCUUGUGA